GGUGUGGGUGCGUGUGUGUGUGAAAUGUGAAAUUCAAGGAAUAUGUUUACAAAAACGCAGCCAGUAAUUUACAGAGUUAAUAUGUAGCCGGGUGUUUUUAUCGGCGACGUCGUUUAUACGCGAGAAGAGUAAGCUGUACAGCCAGUUCACCAUUAGCUUCUAACAGUAAAAGAUGGGGAUUUCUUACCGUGCACUACUGGCUCUGCUAGCAGUGGUAGUCAGCUACCCAAAGACAGGUGCAGCUUACUCUUAUGGACAGUUUUUAAAUCAGUUCGAGGUACUACCUUUAGGCAAUGACAGUUUGAAGGAUACGUUCUCCACUUCAGAGCCCCACAUGUUUGAUGGUUGUAUCUACCCAUCAGACUGUGCAGAAGUUCACAAAUGUAACCAAACCAAGAGCGGAGUUUACCGGGUGUUUCCGUUUGGAAUCGGACCAGGCUUCUUGGUGUAUUGCGAUAUGGUAACCAAUGGAGGUGGCUGGCUGGUGUUUCAGAGACGAAAAGACGGAUCCGUGGAUUUCAUACGAAAGUGGCAGGGAUAUAAGGAUGGUUUCGGAAAUCUUUACCAGGAGUUUUGGUUGGGGCUAGAGAAAUUACAUUUGUUGACAUCACAGCGUCAGUAUGAGUUGAUGAUCAACAUUUCAAACUAUAUGGGGAACAGCUUCCAUGCUACUUACAGCAGAUUUUGCAUAUCGGGAGAGAGGCAAAAAUUCCGGCUGAUGUUGGGAAGCCAUUCAGGGACAGCAGUAGAUGCAAUGACCCACCACAAUGGAUGCCAGUUUAGCACUCCGGAUAGUGACAACGACGCAUCGGAAUUUCGACACUGCGCCAACGAAUUUAAAACUGGCUGGUGGUACAGGGGCUGUUAUUAUUGUAACCUGAACGGAGACUAUGUUCAUGUUGACGGGAAACCAAGGUUAACACACUCCGGAAUACGAGGAAUCGCCUGGUUAAAAAAAUACGGACAUUUACAGUUUGCGGAGAUGAAGAUCCGACCUGUGGGGAACUCGUAGAUAGAUUUAGGACAGAACUGUUCAUGGGUGCAUGCAAAAGAACUUAAGAACCAACAUUAUGUUUUUACAUGAAAUGAAGAAGACUUUACCGAACAAGAGAAAAAAUUGGUGACUUAGGUGUAUUUUAUAUAUCUUAAUAAGCCAGUCUAUUUGGUGCAUUUUUUCCGUCAACGGUCGGACAUACCGUUAACAUGGGACUAGCGUAGCCCAGUUCGGGCUAUGCCCCUCUCCCCCCACAAGAAAACUGUUUUUACAAAUAUCACUGGUGACGUUACCACAGAAGCCUACAUCCUUUCCAGGCUAACUGCUAAGGCCUUAGGAAAACCAUAGCUGAAAGCCAUUUUCACAUCGCAAGAAGAAAACUGAGAAAGUUUUUGUAUUUUUAUAUGCUAGGACCCAUCCUAAACUGUAUAUUAAGAAAUAAAUCCAAACAGUUGCGUGUACAUUCAAAUAAAUAAUAUCUUAAUAUUGAACAGAAAAACUGUUGUUUGAAUGUAUUCUGUUAUCAUAACUUAGUAGUACGUCGUGUUUAGCUUAAUAUCCUGUUAGUCAAAUACACUCUUUAUCUAAGCACAAAUGGAAUAUGUGUGCUAGAUUUAAAAGAAUAAA